AGAGCGGUGUGGCGAAACAAAGAUGGCGCCGACAUCCAGCCUUGUCUGGAUAUAAAUGACUUACUGCGCAUGUGCAGGCUUGUCCCCUUGCUAGGGCUCCCUCUAGUGGUGAACAGCGGUACUGCACAUGUGCGGUUUAUGCACCAGGUGUUAGUUGACCGUUAAUAUGCUAAUGAGGUGAUUCAUUCUCCGCCAAUCCCUGGAGGACAAGUAGUGGGGUGAUCCAAGCCCCACCAAUCCCUGAGAGAUAAUUAGCAUACUGUUGUCUAUAUAAGCCGAGCGAUUUUGCUGCUCGGGGUCCCUGUUCAAGAGAGCUGUAACACUGAGAAGAGCUGUAACACUAAGAAGAGCUGUAACACAGUAAAGGCUUGCUCGCAGAAGAAUCCUGUUGCCGCGCGUCGUUCUUGCUGGCGGGACAUUGGGCGCGCGACAAGUGGUGCCGAGACCCGGAAACCAACAUCGCCGGUGCCAGGGGACCCUUCAGUGUGCUGAAGAGGAUUCAGAACUGCGAGAAGGUAAAUUAAAAGGCAAGCUCCGAGAGGCAUGCCCCUUUUUGGAUUUAGUCUUGCCAUGGAGGGAUUGUUGCUCGUUUUUAUAGUGACUGUUGUCUUCUUACUAGUUGUGUUAAAAUGUGAGGACAUAGUCAAGGCAGGACAGAACAUUCAAGAGAGAAUGUCAGAAACGGAGCAGAGUGAGAAAUUAGGAGCGUGCAAAAAGAAAAAGGUUACUAAAACAAAAGUGAAAGAGAUACAAAAGGCGGAAGAAAUGCCGCUGGAGGAAAAAAUAGGCGUACCCCGGAGGAUGAAGUACAAGUCAUCCGGAGAGGAUACUUUGUAUCCAUUAAAAGAAUUAGAAGCCUUAGAACUGGCUGGCAGUGACUCUGAGCAAGAGUUGUCAGAGUCCAAGGAGGAGGAAUUAGAGGAAGAGGCAGCCAUAUAUGAGGAAGAAAGAUAUGGGCCUAGGUGGAGAGCCACUGUGAAGAAACCUAAAGUUAUGGAUCAUUUGUGGGCAAGGCUGGUAAUUUUGUUUCUUUUUUUCUUUGUGUGGGAUAGAGAAGUCACUGACGGCAAGCUUAAGCCCGGACCAAAACCUCUUUGGCAAAUGGUCCCUGCCUGCUUAGAGGAUAAACGAUGUGAGGAAGCCGUUAGAGCUGUUAGGACAGGUCAGAGGGUCCUUGCAGAACAACAAGAAAGUAUGUCAGAGGGAGAAAAGGUCUCAAAAGAAAAAAAGAAAAGAAAAGGAGAUAAAAGGAACAGAGAGAAGGCAAAGAUAAAAAAUUGGGUCAGUACAGCUUUUGUUGUGGCUCAAGUUGAGGCUAUUGCUAGGUAUGUGAUUAGGCUCUGGAAACCUCACAGAGUCAUACUGAUCAGAUUUGAUAGAGGUAGACCACCUGAAAAUUUAUUCAGGAGAAUCAAACAAAAAGAUAAACUUGAGUGUGCCUACUUGGAUUCCUGGUCUCAAGGAGAUUUAGCAAGUGACAAGGUGCUUCUCUUAAAAAAGCAGUUUCAAUCGGCCCUUGGAGCCUUGCACCUGUAGCUAAGAUAUGUGUAGCCACUUCAGUUUUGUUUUCUGAUUGGUUUUAAAUGUAUAAAUAUUCUCUACAUGCCUUGGUUAUGGACUAUUGGCUUUUAAGUUAUUGGAUAUGGUUAAAAAAAAUGUAACAUUGGUAACAGAAAGUUGACAUAAAACUGGAAAAUUUGGAUGGAGUCAUUCUAGAUAACAUGUGGCAUGAGCCAAUCUAGGGAAACAGGUCUAAAUUGGGAUGCCUUUGCUACAAUUUUUUACUGAACAUCCAGUGAUUUUUCCAAAGGUCACUGCCUCAGAGCCUUUGUCUGGAGCGUUAAAUAUUUAUACAGAUGGCUCCAAAACAGGUGUAGGUGCCUAUAUGGUUGAUUCUCAAGAACCAUUAUUAAUUCAAUAUAGUCCAGGCACCCCCCAAAUUACAGAACGUAAAAUUGUAUUGGAAGUUUUCAAAAGAUUUCAUGAUUUUUUUAAUUUCUGACUCUGCUUAUGUAGUUAAUGCGGUGCGCUCACUUGAAAUUGCAGGGCCAAUUCGGUCAACUAGUACUGUAUGUCAAAUUCUUUUAGAAUUACAAAAUUUUAUUUGGGCCAGAAAAAAUAAAAUUUUUAUACAACAUAUUCGAGCCCAUACUAAUUUGCCUGGUCCCAUGACCAGUAAUAACACCCUGGUGGAUGCUAGUACUCGUAGAGAGUUUAUUUUUCAUGCCACUCUGGUUGAUCUCGCUAGAGGAUUUCAUCAAAAGUUUCAUGUACCUGCUUUUACUCUUCAACAAAAAUUUAAAAAUCUCUAGAGCUGCAGCUUGUGAUGUGGUGUUACGUUGCCAAAAUUGUGUUCAAUUUCACCACCCUCCUCAUGUUGGGAUUAACCCUCGUGAUCUGAUCCGGCUAAAACUUUGGCAGAUGGAUGUCACACACAUAUCUCAAUUUGGAAAUUUAAAAUAUGCUCAUGUUUCUGUUGAUACCUGUUCUGGUAUUAUACACGCUACUCUGAUGACUGGUGAAAAAACUUGUAAUGCCAUUAGUCAUUGCUUAGAGGCAUGGGCAACCUGGGGAAAGCCUGAUAGUCUCAAGACAGACAACAGGCCUGUCUACACUGCAAAGUCUUUCCAGGCAUUUUGCCAGACAAUGCAGGUCAAACAUACUACAAGAUUACCAUACAAUCCCCAAGGUCAAGGAAUUGUGGAAAGAGUACAUCGUACCUUAAAAGAGCUUAUACAAAAACAAAAAGGGGGAAUUGCCAGCAGCCGAACACCAAAAGAACAACUUUCUUUAACUCUUUUUACUCUAAAUUUCUUAAUUUUGGAUGCGCAUGGCCGCUCUGCUGUGGAUCGCCAUGCUGCUACUACACCUAUAACUAAUGUAGAAGUAAAGUGGAAGGAUGUCUUAACUGAUGAAUGGCGUGUCCCAGAUCCCGUGAUUUCGAGAUCUAGGGGAGCGAUUUGUGUUUUUCCGCAGAAUCAAGAAAAUCCAAUUUGGGUACCCGAGCGUUUGACUCGAAGAUUGUCUUCUGCUCUUCCUGAAGAUGAGACUACAAACCCUACUAUUACUACUGGGAAUGGUAAUACAGGUUAAUUCGCUCACCCUGUGGGCUAUUGCCAGAUCCUGGCCAGUACCCAUGCCAGUUCAUAGCAAUUCUACUGUUUUGAGAAUAAGACUGGCAAGCAUAAUCUCUGGCCUGGUUUCUAUGGGUGCUGUCCAAUGAGCAAGGGUUAUGUACAUCCCUGACCCCCUUUGCUAGGUUGAUGGGAGAGAACUUCGUGCUGUAUAAUGUUUCAGCUACCAGAAAAAGUUGAUACCAGGUUGAUCAAUAUUCAAUAUAAUAACCUCUUGGUAAAUAAUACUGCCACUAGUACUUCAGUAUGUGCUAGAUCACAUUUUUUCUGAUAAGCACUAAUGUAAGCAGUGGUGCUUUAAAUUGUAAUAGCUCUGAUGUAGUCUGCUAUUUAGCUGAAUGCUGGGAUGGCACCAAUGACACCGCAGUGAUGGUUAAGAUUCCCUCCUUUGUGCCAAUCCCAGUGGAGGCAAACCCAGAUAGCUUUCCUAUUCUUAAUUUGCUGAGAGACAAAAGAGAUUUUGGAAUUACGGCAGCCAUAAUUUCAGCCAUUGUGCUGUCUGCUGCCGCAGCUACCACAGCUGCAAUCGCUAUGACCAAUCAAAUACAGACGGCUGAGACUGUCAAUCAGAUUGUAGAAAGAACUGCAGUGGCACUAGAGAUACAAGAAGAAUUUAAUACCCAUUUGGCAUCUGGCCUUCUAUUAGCCAAUCAAAGGAUAGAUUUAGUUCAAGAACAAAUUGAAGCACUGUAUCAUAUGACACAGCUGUCUUGUGUUUCCUCCCUGAGAGGUUUAUGCAUUAUUCCUUUUUGAGCUAACUUUUCUCAGCAUUUUCAACAGAGCAAAGAAAUCUCGAAUUAUCUGAAAGGAAACUGGUCCAUGAAAGCAGAGCAACUAUCAAGACAAUUGCUGAUGCAGAUUGCUGUCCUCAACAGCACUAGGCUGGACCCCAUCACAGUUGAAGACUUUACCUCAUGGAUUACCAAUGCUUUCUCCCUUUUCAAGGAGUGGGCGGGCAUGUUUGUCCCGGGGAGCUAUUGUCCUUCUGGGAUGCAGAGUAGGUCUCUGGCUUAUUGGCCGUUUAAAAAGAGAACAUGCCAGACACAAAGUGGUUGUUUACCAGGCUAUGACCGCCAUCAAAAAGGGUACUUCUCCCAACAUAUGGCUGGCCUCUUUGAAAGAUCAAGAGUUCGCCCUAGAUCAUUUUUGUCACAGUCAUGUGGAGUCAUUGUAUCCAGGGACGGGCAACUUUCCUCGAACUCGGACCAACCUAAGACACGGGGCCCGGUGGCGAUAGGGUAACUCUAUGACGGGUAAGGCCGAGUUUGGGUGAGAACGACCUAAGACAGGAGCAAUGACAAGAUUGACGUGACACCCAGAUCUAGACCAGUCAUUUUAUUAAACAAAAAAGGGGGAGAUGUAGAGAGCGGUGUGGCGAAACAAAGAUGGCGCCGACAUCCAGCCUUGUCUGGAUAUAAAUGACUUACUGCGCAUGUGCAGGCUUGUCCCCUUGCUAGGGCUCCCUCUAGUGGUGAACAGCGGUACUGCACAUGUGCGGUUUAUGCACCAGGUGUUAGUUGACCGUUAAUAUGCUAAUGAGGUGAUUCAUUCUCCGCCAAUCCCUGGAGGACAAGUAGUGGGGUGAUCCAAGCCCCACCAAUCCCUGAGAGAUAAUUAGCAUACUGUUGUCUAUAUAAGCCGAGCGAUUUUGCUGCUCGGGGUCCCUGUUCAAGAGAGCUGUAACACUAAGAAGAGCUGUAACACUAAGAAGAGCUGUAACACAGUAAAGGCUUGUUCGCAGAAGAAUCCUGUUGCCACGCGUCGUUCUUGCUGGCGGGACAUUGGGCGCGCGACAGCAUACUAUUUUGAAAGUCAAUCUCUUAUUACAAGUAAGAGUAAGAUGGCACCCCAAGGACUUGUGGGACUCCUCAACAUAGAGCAUGGGAGCGUUGGCCCAUACACCAUUUUCUUCAGCCAAGACUGAACAUUAAAAUUUCACACAACCAAGAAAGGAUGCAUUCUAAAAGUUUCCUGAAGGCUAAAAACUGGCAAUCAAACCCAAACAGCUUACAGAGGAGACAACCGAGAAUGGGACUGGCAAGACUUCUCGAUAGCCCACCGAAUGUGAAAAGACAGGAGGUAAAUGAUUUCCAGCUUCUGAAGAGAAUUAUUUCCAGUUGUUUCUAGGAAAUACGUACACCCUUCAAGAGUCGGCAUUUCCUUUCUUCUCUGAGUACAUAGCCACUACCAUCGUCCUGCUGAGCUAGUAUCUCCGGUCUAACAUCACUGCCCGUAGGAUUUUCUAAACAGCGCCAUUAAAGCACUGAAUUAUAAUAUGAAUAAGUAAAUAAAAAGAAGCAAACAAA